CAAAGGAAACAGCGGAAGCAAACGCCCCAGCCCGCUCCGCCGCCCCCAUGGCGCCGGCGCGCGAGAUCCCGGGGCCUCAGCCGUCGGCGGACGACGCCCCGUUGCCGGCCGGGUUCAUCUUCGUGUGCGACGGCGCGACCACGCCCGAGUGCUUCAGGUACAGGGUGCUGGGCCUGCCGCGGCGGAAGCUGGGCGCCGUCUCCCGGAUCAGGCGCGGCGCGGCGCUCUUCCUCUACGACUUCGACGCUAGGUACCUCUACGGGCCCUACCGCGCCGACUCCGACGGCGGGCGCGACCUCGAGCCCGCCGCCUUCCAAGGCCGCCUACCUGCCCAGGUCAAAUUUAUGAUUGAUGGCGAUUUCAUGCCUGUCCGAGGGAAAACUAUGAGAUACACCAUAAAAGAGAAUUAUCCCGGCAAGUUCUUGCCAGAACUUACCUUUACACAAGUUGAGAAACUGAGAGCAUUGUUCCGUCCAAUUACUUCACUGCCAGUGCCAGAGGCACCACCUCUGUAUUAUGUUGACAACAGUCAUGCCGCUCCAUCUACUGCUUUUCUGCAUCCUUCAGCUUCAUCUUCAUACCCAACACAGCCAGCUUCUUAUGUGCAUCACACAAGCGCCUAUGUUCUCACUCCAGCUGCUCAUCUAGUGCCAAAUGAAGUGCCUGGGAGAGUUGUGCCACCACAUGAACUGUCCGUGACGAACCCGCAACUUGUCAUGCACUAUGGGUACGCCGCAGGCAGCGAGGGUGCAACCGGAGAAACUACACAAGUCCAGUACUGACGGAGCGAUCUACUCCCAUGCGGGUGCCUCAGCGAUCACUUUAUCAAAAUCAGUUUCACUUCAUCAAAUUCACUUUGGAGCAGUUUCAUACAGAAGCUAUAACACUAUCUUUUUUAAAAAACUCAAUGCAUUGCAUUAAACAGUGUGCGAAGCGCAUUCGCUCGUCACCAAAGCA